UGAAAUAUUGAUGACCCUGGUCUGGUGACAAGUCCUGUGCAUUGUGUGUGGGUGGGUAAAGAAGGAAUGCUCUCAGAAACUUAAGAAACACACAGAGAUAACAUUAGGACAACUUGAAACUGAAAAAGACUUUACUGAUCAUCACAGAGAGGAUAUACAACAUAGAUAGAUUCUAAUAUCUAGUGCUGUGCUUGUCCUGUCUGAUGGAUCCAUCAGUAACUCAAGCAAGGUACACAGUCCCUCCAGCAUUAGAGGAGUACAACCCGUUCACAGAUGGCAAAUCGGGUCCAGCAGGUGUGGCAGCCAGGACUACAGCCUCCACCUUUAACACACAACCAGCUAUCAUGAAAGCCACUGAAGAGCCCCCAGCAUACUCACAGGGCCAACCACAGGGAGCCACUGAACUGCUCAAGAGACAGGAGGAGCUUGAGCGCAAAGCUGCUGAGCUGGACCGCCGUGAAAGAGAGAUGCAGUCGCUCAAUGCUUCAGGAGGCAGGAGAAACAAUUGGCCACCUCUCCCAGAGAAGUUCCCUGUGGGUCCAUGUUUCUACCAUGACAUCACAGUAGACAUUCCUGUAGAGUUCCAGAAAACUGUCAAGAUUAUGUACUAUCUUUGGAUGUUUCAUGCCAGCACUCUUUUUGCAAAUGUGAUUGGAUGCCUGGCCUGGUUUUGUGUGGACACUGGACGCGGAGGGGACUUUGGCUUGUCCAUUCUUUGGUUCUUAAUGUUUACUCCCUGUUCAUUUGUCUGUUGGUAUCGUCCUCUUUAUGGAGCUUUCAGGAGUGACAGCUCAUUUAGGUUUUUUAUUUUCUUUUUUGUCUACGUUUGUCAAGUUGGUGUGUAUGUACUACAGUCUAUAGGCCUUUCUGGCUGGGGCACAAGUGGUUGGAUUUCAGCUCUUACAUGUCUAAAUAAAAACAUUCCUGUGGGCAUUCUCAUGAUACUUAUAGCUGCCCUCUUCACAUCGCUAGCUGUCAUGUCUCUCAUCAUGUUCAAAAAGGUCCAUGCGAUGUACCGGACCACUGGAGCUAGCUUUGAGAAGGCACAACAGGAGUUUGCCACUGGUGUCAUGUCCAACAAGAAUGUUCAAACGGCCGCUGCUAAAGCCGCCUCUCAGGCCGCCUCUCAGGCCGCUUCUCAGGCUACUCAGGAGGCUUUCAGGGAGCAGGUCUGAUCUGCUUCAAGAGCCCCCUGGCUUUAACUAAGCAGUAGUAGCAGCAGCAGCAGCAGCAGCAGCAGCAGCAGCCUCUAGCCUUCACUGAGCCAAAUGCCCUGCUCACAGUAUUUUCCAGCCCUCUGGGUUUAAAUGUGGGCACUACAGUUGGUAUGUAGCAUCUUGCCUAAUGUAUACUCUAAGAAACUAUUACCUGGAAGCCUUGACUAAAGGCUGUGGUUUUGUCUUACUCUAUCUGCCUUGGCAUCACUGUUCACACUCGGGGAGUCAGCACUGGUACUGCACUUUGCCCAUAUUACCACUCUCCUAUUCAGUGUGUGUGUGUGUGUUUGUGUAUAUUUGUGAGUGUUGUGUAUGUUUCUUUAAAUACUGCAGCUGAAAAAGGUUUAAAUGGAGACUAGCGAACAUCAUUAUUUAUUCUGAAGAGACAACUACUACUACCCAUCUACAUGACAGAUUAAAAUAAUGUUCCACCUCAGAUUCUGUUUUGUUUCUAAUCCUCAAAAUUAAAAUUUGUGGUUAUGAAAAGUUAACUGUAUUUUCAAUUACCCAUGAAGAACAGUAAUUUAUUUAUAUACUGGUUAACAGGCCCCUCUUGAAAAUUAGAAAUUAAGUCUAUAGAGGAUAACCAUAUACCAGAUAACUGAAAUGAUUCUUUGAGCUGUAAUCAUAAAGCUUCUGAUUUUUGUGUGGAAACAGAAGAAAUGCAUAAUAAUGUGUAGAUUUUGUACAAUUACCAGCUAUUGUCUUAUAUAUUGCAUUGUACAAGUAUUGUAUGAAGCUCAUGCUGAGUUUUUUUGUAUAUUUAUUUCAUCCAGACUGAAUAAAAGGAAUUUUGCAACGUUAUACAGUGCGUUUAAUUUACCUUUUUUUUUUUUUUUUCCUUCUUCCAGACAUGCACUAGCAGUCUAAAACCAUUAGAGGUCAGCAGUUGCCCAGAAAAAAAUAUCUAAAAGGACGUGAGUUUCAUGUUUAAAGCACAGUACUAACUGCUAUAUGUACGUCGUACUGUAUGUAUAUGAACCGUGUAUAUGAACCAGUUGUGGGCUUCUGUAAACCUCUUUCCAACUUUGUGGAAAAUGUGUAACUGAGCCAUGUAUACUAAUGCAACUAAUGUAUUUUAAAUAUCAUUCAGUAUCCAGUUUUU